CCGUUUGGCUGAGUCUCGAGUCCGUUCUCGUCGUCUGAGGCUCGUGGUCCCGAAGUCGAUGGUUCCCGAGGUCGCCCGUCGAGGCCCUCGCAUGGUGGUCGUGAUUCGAAUGUUGUAAGAAUGCUUGAGGAUUGGACUUGCGAAUCGCUCUGAUGCCUUGAUGAUUUCGAGGGCAGGGCAGGAACGGCCUCCGGAGCAUAAUCGUGAGGGCCGUUUGGUCGUAAUUGUGGUCACUGGUUGCCGGUUGCCAAUUGCCAGUCUCGACCACAACGAACUGGUUGUGGCGCUUAACGGGGAUGCGUAAUGUGCAUAACCUCCUUAUGGUCACUCGUAUUGAGUACGAGUGAUGUAGAAACUCACUCUAAUCCUUUUCGAUGCCUCGGGCGCUUUCCUUAGCUUGAGCACAUCACAUUUGCAGCCUUUUACCGAGGUUUCAUCGACACGUGUUAUUCUGGUAACGUGCUGCUGUAGAAUUGGCGGUGAAUGUGAUUGAGAUGUGUGAUUCUCGAUCAUUUUGAGAAAACAUCAUCGUGUUCUCGGUGUCUUCAAACUUCGAAAAUCUUUCGGAGAGGAUUGGCUUGCGCUCUCCCUCUGCCGUGGAAGUCGUAGAAGCUUGUGAAGAGAGAAGGAUCUUGUUGCCGGACGAUGAAAUUCGGAAUCGUGAAGACUAUGAUUGCGCAGUACCUCUACGCAGCUAUGAAACGAUACAAGGAGCACGUUGGAAGAGCAUGUCACGAGACGCGUUCAUUCUGGGUCGCUUUGGUGUAGCAAACAUUCGUUAAUGCUCGCUUGCCGUCGUCUUUCGCAUGUGACAUUCCUGGUAGAUGAGAAUCAUGGAGGAUGUAAACUCAGGGGGAACUGGCACAACCCAAGGAAGUUUUGACGAAGCUGAGCAUCCAUUUCUAAAGUCAUUCGAUAAUUCCAAACCUGCUGCCACUCGUGCUCGUAAGAAGAAGGCGGUGCUUGGACAAAUACGAAAGAAGAAGCUUAACAAAGAGGCAUCAGGAAAACCUGGCUCAGCUAGCACUGUUGUUGUGGACAAUGGAGGGGUACACGACUGGCCUGGUCUACUUUCCUCGACAUCUGCCACUGAAAGCGUGGCUGAAGGCUAUAAGGAGAAGCUUACAGUUGGGAAGAAGAAAGGGAAACUUACUCCUGAUUUUACCAAAAUGGAAGACUCGCUAAGAUCUCCUCCAUUUGUUUUCCAAAAGAGACUAACUAGGAUUGACUGGCGCAAGUUGCACACGAUUGACGUUGACAAGAUUGUUCGGGAAGUAGACCUCGACACAUUAGAAGCUGUCGUUGAUACAAUAGCGUUUGGUGAUAUACAAGGGGAAGACACCCGAAACUUCACAGAGGCUAAUUUCGUCAAAAUAUUUCGAAUUGCGCAGCUCAUGGUUGAGUACUUACUACAUGUCCAGGAAUUAUUAGCUGGACACAAAUCCCAGUUGUUGGCAGACGGUACAACCAUUCAACGUCGACUGGAGAAGCACCGAGAAAAAUUUGCCAAGCUUCUGAUUGAUUUAAAUCAAUGCCGUCACGAUCUGAAACAAGCCAAGAAGACUUUGCGCAUCUACGAAGCAAUAUUGAAAGUACAGGGAGAAAACCAGCAACAGCUACAAUCACAGCAACAACAACAGCAGUCAGUAACACAACAAAUGGUUCGCUGCUGUCCCUUGUGUGAUAAGUUGUUCGAGUCAUCUUACUAUCUGGAUCUUCACGUUGCAAGACGGCAUCCAAAAUCAAAUGACAUGCCUGAAGACAAAAUUCUGGCUGUUGUAUCAAAGGCAGAGGAAGCAACUGCUGCUCGUGUGAAGGCUGAAACCACAGCAGCUCUUCAAGUCGAGAUUCAGCAGUUACGCUCCCUGUCCCAGGCUGAAAUACAGAGGAACGAAGCAGCAGCACAGUUUCAGAUUGCUACUCUGCAAGCAAGUCUCAAAGAAAGCAAUUCCAAAGUUCAGGAGAUACAGAACAAACUAGAAUUACUUCAAACACGAGUCCAGAGCUCCCCUCUGACGUCUACCAGACAAAAUGGGGGUUCAAUCAAACAGAAGGUGAAAGAGACCAAGACACAAGAGAAGUUAACCGAGUUGGAGGAUCAGCUCCAAAGAGUACAAAGAGAGGUUAAAGACCUUACUGAGGAAAAAUCAAACUUGACGAAGGAGCUUGAAUCGACUAAAUCUGAGGUCUCUCUGCUGAAGGCAAAGAAGCAAAGAAAAGUGACAGCUAGUCGAAAAAAUAUAAAGGGUAAAGUUCUUCAUGAUCAAGACAUGCUAUCCUCUACAACUUCGGAUAGCCAAGAUCGGCUAAUGAGGAAUGGGGAGUCUUCAGACAGAUCUUCAACUGAGGGAACAGGAGGGAGAGGCAGGCUGACUCGUCGGAAACACCAGAGAUAUCACAGAUCAUCUUCACCUGAAAAGAGGGGAAUGGAAGAAAAACAGAGAAAGAACAAAAAACUGAAAGACUACCAUUCAUCACCCGAACGAAAGAGGGCACAGAAACUGCGAGUUGAUCAGAGCAGCAAAGCUGAGAGAUCCAGAUUGCCGAAUAGACAAGACAACUCGAGCUCCUCAACCCCUACGCAGCGAAGCAAUAGACACUAUGAGCAAUGCCGCUUUCCCGAAAGGGGCCCAAGCGAUGAGCAUGCCACCCUUUCAGGGCAGUUUAAAGUGUGGAAGGACUCAGUAGCAUCCAAACAGGUUCGGUUGAAAGCAGCUGACCAGGAAAUUCUUGGAGCAGCUAAAGCAGAUCUUCAACUCGAUCUCGCACGUGCUGAGGAGAAGAGAGUAGGAAGAGAAGAGGUUGGAAAGGUAGGAGCAGUCAAGAAGAUGAGGAGAGAGGACGUCAAUUCGGCUGGACGACAGAAGCCUACUCAGCAGAAAGAAAGCACGGCUUCGGAGAAGAGAAGGUUAGAAGCAGAUAAGGAGAAAGAAAGAGUUGCAAAGGAGACUGAACAGGAGGAGGCCAGAAGACUGUCAGAAAUCGUGGAUGCAGCCAGCAUGGACGUAGGGGAGGAUGGCCCUGGCAUCCCUGUCUCUGAGAAGGAAAAGUGGCUCCAAGAACACCCUUUCAAGCCCAUCCCUCAGCGGCCUCAUGUGCUGUCCAAAUAUCCGCAUCCUCCGAGUGUUUUCUCAAGCAAACGUGACGACCUCGUGCAUCGAUUAGAUGAGCAACUUGGAGGUGAGCUAAGGAAAUUUGGCUUCUCGAGUGACACUGAAGGCAUCAGUGAUUCAAUUUACCAGGCAGCAACAGCUGCUUUGGAGAAACAAAACAAACAUCGAGCUGGCGCCCUGCAGACAAAUCAGAAAAAGUCACUUGAAUAUGAAAGAGGUGCAAUUGUUUGGCAUACUCAGAGAGCUGUUCGCGAGCGGGACAUUCAGAUUAUCGAGUCUCACUUUGAGGAGGAAAGUGACCAAACUUCUCGAUCCGGAGCAAGUAGAAGGGCGGAAUCUGCAUCCUCCGAGGACGAAGACGAAGAGCAUAACACGCCUUUGCACGAAGAGAAAGAAAAGAACAAAUCCAGAACACCGAGGAGCCCUCAAACGAAAGGUCAACACCAUACAGGAGAUGUGUCAAAUAGAGACGCUGACCUUGAGAAAGAAAGUCAUGCAGCUGUAACUGACAAGAAUCGGUCAGCAGACAAGCAGCACGUAAACUAUAGCGCCAAUUCUUUUUCCCGAAAGGAAAUGAACCGGUUUAGAAUCCAGUCACAGAGUCCGAGUUUGAGUCUAUUCCCUUCUCACCACUUCAAAAGUUCCAGUAGGGGUCAAACGACUACCAAAUAUUCGCCUCCUUGGCAUCACAUCUCGAGAGACGCAGAAGAGGAGAAAUCUGAGCCAGACAACCAGGGAGAAGCAGGAUUCGGACUAGGCCAGUGGGAGAGCGAUGAAGAUGUUCCACACACACAAGCAUCGAGAAAUGAAGGCAAGGACGGAAGAGAUCAGGGCAGGCAAAAGGAGGAGCAUCUCAGCGAGGACGGAAGUGAAGAGAGUAAGAUAUUCAGAGAGUUGGACGCGGAGAUUGAUGAAAUUAUCCGUCUUUGAUAUGAGAACAGUUACCAAGAAUACAUACGGUAGAUAGUUCAUCCUUCAAUGAACUUCUCCCCACCAAAGAAUUUUGGGACUAUGUUGUAGCACUGGAGAGUAGUGCUCCUUUUUCUCAUUGUCAUACUAUCGAUUCAGAAUUGAGUAAAUAUUGCUACAAAAAUGACGAAUUAGAUUUACAUGUAUGCUUUGAUUGUGAACUAAUUGGGCAGAUAUUCUAAAAGAGUACAGUAUGUGCUGCUGCUUUGGUGGAGAUGAAGCUACUCUCGGGUACUACCCAGGUAGGUUGCGAUUUCUUUUCCUCGCUGAGGAUCGAUGCACAAACCACAGCUUCAGCCUUAUUCCGAAAUCCUUCCUUCAAGUGUUCACCACCAGCUCCAGCUUGACCCCAUCUGGGGUUUGUGUUUAUCGCGCCUUUGGUGCCUCCUCUUCUAGGCAACAGAGCUGCAACAUCGACCAAAAUGUCUCUCUGUUCUCGAUGAUCCUUACUUCUCGAGCAGGUUCGA